AUGAACCUCGGGGCAGGUGGUCGGCGCUCCCUCGGUAUGCCCACCCUCGCUUCAACGCCGACGGAAACUGUCAUGGGGCGCCAAGAACAUCCCGCUGGCGAGCCUGCCCCUGACAGAAACGUUGACGCCGAACACAACCAUUUUUAUAAUCCUGAACCUCCAGGGUAUGCCGUCGACCUGAGCAAUCUUUUCAAGUUAGUGACAUAUAAUCUUGUUACAUCCGCCGUAAAGGGUGAUUAUCUUGUCGACAAAUUCAGCCCUCUCAGCAAGAUAUCUUUCACAGUCGCUGAAGACAUCGGCGCUGACGGCGCUUUUGAUGCUGUCAUUCACACUGCGUCACCCUUUCAUAACAAUGUAACAGAUACUCGGAGGGACAUACUGGAUCCAGCCAUCAAUGGCACACUUGGAAUUCUCCAAGCAGCGAAGCUUCACGCUCUUUCAGUGCAUCGAGUGGUGUUGACGUCUUCCGUGGGAGCCAUGAUCAACUUCAAGAUUCACCCGGCUGUGUACGAUGGUCAAGCGUGGAAUCCGAUCGCCUUCGCGGACGCUAUCAAGGAUUUCAACCUAACUUACAAUGCGAGUAAGAGGUUUGCCGAACUUGCGGCUUGGGAAUUCGUGCGAAAUGAGAAAUCUGGCUUCGCUUUUGUUUUCGGACCUCCCCUCCACGAUGUGCGUUCUUUGAAAGAGCUCAACACCUCUAAUAAGCGCAUACUGAUGGCAUUUGACGGUACUUUCAAGAAAAGUGUUCCGUCCACCAGUAGCUGGAUGUGCACACGUCAGGGCUGUAAAGCGAUCUGA